AUACUUCAUAGAUAAUUUAACUCUUUUAUUUAGAUAAUGGUGGAAAAUAACGGCUGUGGUUCUCAGAACAACGUCUGGGUUGGAUCUGAGACUGGCCUGCUUAAAUCUGUGAACCUUUGUAAAAAGCUAGCAACUAACCAUUACGAUAAGGAUAACUAUGGAAAAGAACAUGAAAUUCAACGUAUUUGUUGGGAGUAUGAAGAUCGGUCUGUAUUGUAUACUGCACAUAAAAACGGGGUUGUGAGGAAGCUGGAAACAGCUAAUGGAGGAUAUGUUGAUUCGUUUCAAAUACCUGAAAUGGAGGGAAAAAUUGCUGGUCUGGCCAGACUGGACUCAAAUUUCAUUACCUGCACUUCUAAUGGCGAUUUAAGACUGUGGUCUAAUGAAAAUGAAAGCUUGGCCAGCAGCAAGGCUGGUGAUAAUGUUUUGUGUAUGGACUUAAACAGUGAACUGCAACGAGUGGUUACUGGGGGAAAAGAAAAUCUUGUUAAACUGUGGGAUUUAAAUAAACCAGAGCAGCCAAUAUUUAAAGCGAAAAAUGUGCGGCCUGAUUGGCUGGAGCAUAGGGUACCGGUGUGGGUUACAGGGUUAAAAUUUAUACCGAAUUCUAAUAAAAUCUUAUCUAUAACUGGUACUCAUAAUAUAAGAGUGUUUGAUCCAAAAUCAAACACAAGGCGUCCAGUUUUGGAGACCAGUUAUGAAGAAUAUCCACUCACAGCAGUUGAUAUCGUUGCAAGAAAUCCAAAUCAAGUUGUUGUCGGUAACACCCAUGGUGAUGCUGCUAUGUUUGAUAUAAGAAAAAUAAAGCAUGUUGCUCGCUGCUACAAAGGUUUUGCAGGAAGCAUAAGGGAGAUCAGAUGUCAUCCAAGCUUACCAUACUUCUUCUCAUGCAGCUUGGAUCGACACCUAAGAGUUCACCAUGAACGAUACCCAAAGGUUGAGCAUAAAGUUUAUCUAAAGUCGCGACUGACUUGCCUUCUUGCCACUGAUGCAGAACUAGAAGUCAAAAAUGAUGAAAAGGAACCGGAAACUGAAAAAAGGAAAACAGAAAAAGAUGUUUGGGACGAAUUAGAUGAUGCUGACAGCAGCGAAAGUGACUCUGAGUCUGAUAAUGAUUUAUUACCAAGGAAAAAGAAAAAACAAAGUUCCUAAGUGUUUGAGUUAUAUGAAAAUGCUGUUUGACUAUUCUCAUUUUUUUAAACUUAUCAAUAAAAUUGUCUAUUUCAUAAUGAAAAGUUAAAAUUAGAAUAUAAAUGUUGGUUUAGCAAAUUGAGAAUAUUGUUUAAAUUUAGCUGAUUUGUAAGUCAACUUACAUGAAGUAAUCUCAAUGUGGGCAAAGUGUAACUUCUGCUUUGUUGACAUUAUUCUGAACCCAACAAAACAGACUUUGAACCUUUUACUUUAAAUGCGUUACUACAGUGGUUACCAAUUAACCUAUGUUAUGUUGGCUAUAUUCAUUUUUUAAACACACUGCCCUUUGAAAUGUAAGGAUCUGCUGUUUUGAUCAAUAAUGGUUCCUAAUUCUAUAG